GCACUGUGGGGCUGUCAUGGCUGCGCGGAUUUGACCGAAACGUUUGCGCCCCGGUUUCACGUUUUAUUUGACAUUUUUCACGAAUAUAAAUCCAGUUUAAGGAGUUUAGACGCCCCGUAGCGGAAGAAUGGCGUCCACCGCGGCGGGAAAGCAACGCAUCCCGAAAGUGGCGAAGGUGAAGAACAAGGCUCCGGCUGAAGUUCAGAUCACCGCUGAGCAGCUCCUGAGAGAGGCCAAAGAGAGAGAGCUCGAGCUGCUGCCUCCACCUCCCAAACAGAAGAUCACAGACAAAGAGGAGCUCAACGACUACAAGCUCAAGAAGAGGAAGGGGUUUGAGGACAACAUUCGGAAGAACCGCACAGUGAUCAGUAACUGGAUCAAAUACGCACAAUGGGAGGAGAGUCUGCAGGAGGUCCAGAGGGCUCGGUCUAUCUACGAGCGCGCCCUGGACGUGGAUCACCGAAACAUUGCGCUGUGGUUGAAAUAUGCCGAGAUGGAGAUGAAGAGCCGACAGGUGAACCACGCCCGGAACAUCUGGGACCGCGCCAUCACCAUCCUGCCCCGAGUCAACCAGUUCUGGUACAAGUAUACGUACAUGGAGGAGAUGCUGGGGAACGUGGCAGGCUGCAGACAGGUGUUUGAGCGCUGGAUGCAGUGGGAGCCAGAGGAGCAGGCCUGGCAUUCUUACAUCAACUUUGAGCUGCGAUACAAAGAGGUGGACAAGGCACGCAGCAUCUAUGAACGAUUCGUGAUGGUGCAUCCGGAGGUGAAGAAUUGGGUGAAGUUUGCUCGUUUUGAGGAACGUCACGGAUACAUCGCUCACAGCAGAAGAGUUUAUGAGCGUGCCGUGGAGUUCUUCGGAGAGGAUUACGUGGACGAGAACCUGUACGUGGCCUUUGCCCGCUUUGAGGAGACGCAGAAAGAGUUUGAGCGUGUGCGUGUUAUCUAUAAGUACGCUCUGGACCGCAUCCCAAAGAGCCAGGCCCAAGAGCUGUUCAAAAACUACACCGUCUUUGAAAAGAAGUUUGGAGACCGACGCGGCAUCGAGGAUGUCAUCGUGAACAAGAGGAGGUUCCAAUACGAGGAGGAGGUCAAGGCGAACCCCCAUAACUACGACGCAUGGUUCGAUUACCUGCGUCUGCUGGAGAGUGACGCAGAUCCGGACACGGUCAGAGAUGUUUACGAGCGCGCUAUCGCUAACGUGCCACCAAUACAGGAAAAGAGACACUGGAGACGCUACAUCUACCUGUGGAUCAACUACGCACUGUACGAGGAGCUGGAGGUCAAGGACGCAGAGCGAACACGGCAGGUUUAUCAGGCCUGCCUUGACCUCAUUCCUCACAAAAAGUUCACCUUUGCAAAAAUGUGGCUCCUCUUUGCUCAGUUUGAGAUCAGACAGAAAAACCUCCAAGCAGCUCGAAAAGUCAUGGGCACAGCGAUCGGUAAAUGUCCGAAGAACAAGCUGCUAAAGGGCUACAUCGAGCUGGAGCUGCAGCUGAGAGAGUUUGACCGCUGCCGAAAACUCUACGAGAAGUACCUGGAGUUUGGCCCGGAAAACUGUACCACCUGGAUCAAGUUUGCCGAGCUGGAGAGCAUUCUGGGAGAUACGGAGCGCGCCCGGGCUAUAUACGAGCUGGCCAUCGGGCAGCCAAGACUCGACAUGCCAGAGGUUUUGUGGAAGUCCUACAUCGACUUUGAGAUCGAGCAAGAGGAGUUUGAAAACACCAGAAACCUGUACAAGAGACUCCUGCAGAGAACGCAGCAUGUCAAGGUGUGGUUGAGCUUUGCUAAGUUCGAGCUGUCCGUGGACUCAUCUGAGCGCGUGCUGAAGAGUCGACAGGUUUACGAGGACGCAAACCGCAGCUUGAGAAACUGUGAAGAGAAGGAAGAGCGGCUGAUGCUGCUCGAAGCCUGGAGGGACUUUGAAAACCAGUUUGGAUCCACCCAGAACCAAGACCGGGUCAGAAAACUGCUCCCCGAGAAGGUGAAGAAGAGGAGGAAGGUCACCGCAGAGGACGGGUCCGAGGCUGGCUGGGAGGAAUAUUAUGACUACAUUUUCCCAGAAGACUCAGCAAACCAGCCCAACCUCAAACUACUUGCCAUGGCCAAGAUGUGGAAGAAACAGCAGGUGGUGGCAGACGAGACAGAAAACAAUGCAGAAAGUUCACCCGGAAAACCAUCAGAAAGACGCGAAUCGCAAUCGGAAUCUUCAACAUCAAGUUCUGAGUCUGAGGAAGGCGAGGAGGGAGACAAGAUGGAGGCGAGGAAUUCUGCAAGGGGAGGGGAGGAGGAGGAGGAGAAUCAAAGAGAGGAGAGUGGAGAGGAGAAUGGAGAGAUGCAGAAAAGAGGGCAGGAGAGGGCUGAGGGAGGAGAGAGAGGGGAGACUCAGAAGAGGGAAGGGGAGAGAGGAGAGAGGGAUGAGAGGAAAGGGAGAGGGGAAAGAGAAGAGACCCACAGGACCCAGGGUAAGGGAGGAGAGGGGGAUGAGAGAGGAGGGGAAACCCAGCGGAGGGAUAGGGAGGGAGGACAGACUCAGAGAAGGGGGGAGGAUGGAGGAGAAAGGGAGAGAGGAGAGAGGAAUGAGAGAAAAGAGGCAGAGGAGUAUGACGAUCGCGAUGAGUCGGGGAGCAGCAGCAGCAGUGAUAGUGAUGAAGAGUGAAACAGAAAUAAUGGACAAACUAUUGAAUAUUUUUACUAUGUCUUUACGUGUCUUUAUAAAAUAUCAGUUUAAACUUAA